CAAAUGUAUAUUUUUCAGUAUAAAGAUAUAUCUCGCAACACAAAAUGACUAAUAAGCACUCAGUUGUAGAUUUACCCAUUCAAUUAAAUUUUCCAUAAUUAAUAUUCAGCCCAAGCCUGUCUUACAAUCUGCUUCACUUCUCCGGAAGGAGACCUGGUUCCUCUCCAGCUUUACCCCCUCCCCCUACCUCACUCCCAAUCUCUUACAAACCAACACCUGAAAGUUCAAUUGUAGUCUGGUUCUAGGUACUUGUCGGAAUACUGAACUUGUCUUUAUAACGUGUAGCAGAACGAAACAACUUGAGAUAUCUGAAUAAGGAGAAUUCAUGGUAAAGCACAAACGUAAGUGAUGAAAGCAAGAAGAUGCUGUGGUGUGGUACAUGUCACUACUUGAAGAGGAACAUGUGUCUAAGGGGCACUUGGGUCUUCUCUGUUGCUGGUGCUUUGAUUGCUAUACCCGUUGGUAUAAAACGGAAAUCUUUGGCACCCCUAGUGUUCUUUGGCACCACAGGCACCAUGGUGGAUAUAAUGCUGGGGAUCAGUGCCUGUGAAAGGGAGCAUGCAGAACGGCAACAGAAACUUCUGGAAGAACAGAAUGCUGCAGCUACUGGUACUUAGGCAGAUGCUGUAACUGAGUCUUGACCCUCCAAAUGCACUACUUGUUAUCGAAACCUAAUGCUGUAACUGAGUCUUGACCCUCCAAAUGCACUACUUGUUAUCGAAACCUAAUGUGCUCUUUCAACAACAUAUUUUAUCAGUUCAUAUCAUCUUCCGCUUUGCCUAAUACAUCAAUAAAUUACAUCC